AUGGGUAUGGACCUAUAUAUCAACUCCAGCGCUGCCCGAGAAGUUUUCGAUGAGGUUGACGAUGUUCUGGGGCGGAAACUGAGCGACGUCAUGUUCGGAGGUUCAACCGAAGAGCUGACUCGAACUGAAAACGCACAACCGGCCAUCCUCACAACUUCCAUCGCCGCUUGGCGCGCACUUGAGGAAACGACUGAGAGUAUCGCCGUGCCCGAUAUGACCGCUGGUCACAGUCUCGGUGAAUACUCAGCCUUGGUGAUCGCUGGUGUUCUUUCCAUAUCUGACGCUGUCAAACUCGUUUGCGAACGGGGCCGAUUGAUGCAACUCGCCUGCGACGAACGUCCCGGCGGCAUGGCGGCACUCAUUGGCAUCGACGAAGUCACUGUCGCAGAGAUUUGCCGUGAAGCUGGCGUCGAUGUGUCGACUGUCAACACUCCCGAACAGAUCAUCAUCGCUGGCGAGCACCGCGGCCUAGCCGUUGCACUUGACAUGGCAUCCGCUCGCGGCGCCAAGAAAGCCAUCCCAUUGAGCGUGAGCGGGGCGUUUCACUCCGGAUUGAUGUCCCCAGCUCAAAGUGGCCUCAAUGAAGCAAUCGAAUCCGUCGAAUUCAACGACCCGAUGGUUCCCGUUGUUGGUAACGUCGACGCUAGGCCUUUGAACACCACCGCCGAAGUCAAAAACGAGCUUCGCCGGCAGCUCACUUCCUGCGUCCAGUGGAGUAACGGCAUCCGCCACAUGCUUGAUAACGGCGUGAACGAGUUCGUGGAGAUGGGAAACGGCAGGAUCCUCAGCGGAAUGAUCAGACGCAUCGACCGGCGCGCUAAUGUCGUAAACCUCAGCGAGUACGACAGCGUCUGCAACUACGCAGCCGCCUAA